UCUUGGAGGCCACUUGAGAUCAAACCCCAACUUGGGAACACACAGAAGCGAGGUGUAUGGUCUCCAUCUCCAUCUCCAUCUCUAUCUCUAUCUCUAUCUCUCUCUUUAAAAACCUCAUCAAGGCUACUCCACUGCUUUCUCUAAUGCACUUGUCUUCUUCACAUCCAACAUCACUUUCUUGUUAAUGUACUCUCUUGCUUUCUCUCUCUAGCUCGUGGUCCUUCCCUUCCUCUUUAAAUCUUCUCUUAUCACUUUCUCUAAUCCUUCAUCUCACUUUAUAUCUAAUACUUGUCCUUCCCUACUCUUGCUCUCUUCUUGCUACUUAUAUUUUUCCAUUUCCCUUUUUGAUUUCUUUCCUCCAUUUUUAUGUUUCUUGAGUUAUCGAUUCUAACAUAUUAUUAAUUAACACAUACACAACCUUCUUGAAUUACUUAAAAAGAAAGGAUCAUGUCUGGAAGAAGGUCGAGGCAGCCAAGUGUUCCUAGAAUCACUGAUGAUCAAAUCAUCGACCUUGUCUCCAAGUUACGCCAGCUUCUUCCUGAGAUUCGCCAAAGGCGUCCCGAUAAGGUAUCAGCUUCUAAGGUCCUACAAGAGACCUGCAACUACAUCAGGAACUUGCACAGGGAGGUGGAUGACUUAAGCGAGCGAUUGUCUCAGCUUUUGGCUACAAUUGACGCUGAUAGUCCUGAAGCUGCUAUAAUUAGGAGUUUAAUUAUGUAACUAGAGCAGAGCUCCCUGUGUUAAUUAAUUAAUUAAUUAAAAAAUAUUUUUCCCAUUGUAACUUUAUUAGUAGAGAGAGUUUGAUCAUUAUGUAGAUCAGACAAAAAGGGUUUUUAGAAUGCAUUUUAAGAUAUAUGUUAUAUAUAUAUAUAUAUAUAUAUACACAUAUGCAUGCUAUAUGGAUAAGCAUGCAGUGUAAUUAGGUUGUAUAAUAAAAGGACUUUGCACUUAGCAAUGCCUAAUUUAUAUGGAUAAUUUAUCUUGGUUUUACA